UCCAGGUACUUGUGACAAGGUGGAAGAAAGUGAACACUUUUGGUGGACAUAUUGAAGCAACUCUGCCUUGUGUGAUGGAAGUGGUACAAGCUCGCAUUGACGACUUAAUGGAUCAGAUCAGCUUCCCGUUGGUGGAGAAGUAAGUGCACUGCUGAACGCCAGAUCGUGUCCCUCCUGUGUCCACCGGGCCAGAGGAUGACGUCACGCGCGCGGGCCGCGUCGCACGUAGUACUGGACGAGGCGUCCCGCCGCCGUCGUCAACGGAAGGCGCUCGAGGCGCUCGAGCAGGACAACUUUCACGAUGACCCGCACGCCAACCUGGUGAUGCACAAGAAAGCGCCCAAGUUUGAGGAGUCGCUGGAUGGCAAGACCCGCCCCGACCGCAAGCGCAAGGCGCGCAGCUUCGAGUACUUCAAACAACGGUUCCGCAAGACAUUCUCGUCACUGCUCGAGGAGGAGCAACAGCAACAGCAACAGCAGCAACAACAACAGCAGCAGCAGCAGCAGCCAGAGCCGCAGCCGCCCAGCUACAGCUCGGCGCGGGCGCCGGCCAGCAACCGACCGGAGCGCCGCCUCUGCGCCGUCUGCGGCUUCCCCAGCAACUACACGUGUGUGCAGUGCGGCGCGCGCUUCUGCUGCGUGCGCUGCCAGCACACACAUCAGGAGACGCGUUGUCUCAAGUGGACGUCAUGAGCGUGCCGGCGGCGGCCAGGGAACUCAGGCGGCCUGAGGGGCGCCCCAUGA